AUUCGGACAGAGAGGACAGACCUAUUAUCAAAUGUUGGAACUUGGAUCCAUGACCUAUUCUCUCGAUCCGAACUCAACCACCCCCAGAGAGAGACAGAGAGAUCUCUUCCCGCGACGUUUGCGUUUCAGUUUCUGCAGCGAAUAAUGGCGGCCUUCAUCAAGCUAGACGAUUCGCCAAUGUUCCGGAAGCAGAUGCGCUCUCUCGAGCAUAUUGCAAAUGAGUUAAAAGAUCGCUGCCAAAUACUAUACAACGGGUGUAAGAAAUUUGUGGCAGCACUUGGAGAGGCAUAUAAUGGAGAUAUUGCUUUUGCAGAAUCUCUGGAAGCAUUUGGGGGUGGAAAUGAUGAUCUAUUUAGUAUAUCAGUAGGAGGGCCCAUCAUAUCCAAAUUCAUUAGUGCAUUUCAGGAGAUGGCUGCAUAUAAGGAUCUUCUUCACUCCCAGGUAGAGCAUAUGUUAAGUGACCAUUUGACGGAGUUUAUGAAAGUUGAUUUAGAAGGUGCAAAGGAGUGUCGUCGACGCUUUGACAAAGCUACACAUGCUUAUGAUCAGGCACGUGAAAAGUUCACUUCAUUGAAGAAAGGCACACGAUUAGAUAUUGUUGCUGAACUAGAAGAGGAUUUACAAAACUCGAAGUCAUCAUUUGAGAGAUGCCGCUUCAAUCUAGUAAAUGCCCUCACAAAUGUUGAAGCCAAAAAGAAGUACUUGUUCCUGGAAUCCUUAAGUGCAAUUAUGGAUGCCCAUCUAAGAUAUUUUAAGCUGGGAUAUGGCCUAUUGAGCCAGAUGGAGCCUUUUAUUCACCAGAUCUUGACAUAUACACAACAGUCAAAAGAAAUGACCAGUGUUGAACAAGACAAGCUUGCUAAAAGGAUUCAGGAAUACAGGACACAAAUGGAACUGGACAAUUUACGUGCUUCAAGUAAUGUUGAAGCCUCAACAAGUGGCGAUGGUAUUCAUGUUGUCGGUAUGAGUUCGUACAAGGAAAUAGAAGCUCUGAUGCAGUCUACUGCAAAUGGGGAGGUACAAACAAUUAAGCAAGGGUAUCUCCUUAAACGUGCUACCGUGAGGGGAGAUUGGAAGAGGAAAUUCUUUGUACUUGAUAGCCAUGGGGCUUUGUACUACUAUAGAAAUAAUGCAGCAAAACCUGCGGGUUCUCAAUCACAUCAAUCAACUGGAAUAUCAGACCAUGGUAGUAGUGUGUUUAGUAGAUUUAGAGCAAGGCACAAUAAGACAGCCCCACUGGGCGAAGAAAACCUUGGCUGUCGUACUAUUGAUCUUCGCACUUCAACAAUAAAGAUUGAUGCAGAACAUACAGAUCUGCGCCUUUGUUUCAGAAUUAUUUCUCCAUCAAAAACAUACACAUUGCAGACUGAAAAUGAAGCAGAUAGGAAGGAUUGGGUUGAUAAGAUCACAGGAGUUAUCGCAGCCCUACUAAAUUCUCCUUUCAUAGAGGAGCAGGUUCCUCUGGCACAAAAGGAUCUAGAACGCAAGAGUGCUGUUAGUGCUGGUUAUGAUUCUCUAAUACUGGAUAGCCAUGUUGGCUCAGAGGAUGACAUGAAAGUAAAAAAAUUAGAUGCAGUUUCCAGGGUUCUCAGAGAAAUUUCAGGCAAUGAUCUUUGUGCAGAAUGCUGUUCUCCUGAACCUGAGUGGGCAUCACUGAAUCUUGGUAUUCUGCUUUGUAUUGAAUGCUCUGGUGUUCAUCGGAAUCUUGGAGUUCACAUUUCAAAGGUUAGAUCUAUAACAUUAGAUGUCAAGGUUUGGGAGCCCGUUGUCUUGGAUUUGUUUCGUGCUUUGGGUAAUGCUUACUGUAACUCGGUGUGGGAGGAAUUGCUUCAUGUUCCAAAUGGAAGCAGCUGUGAAUCAAAUGACUACAUCACUUCAAUUACAAAACCUGGCCCCAAAGAUGCUCUCUUGGAGAAAGAAAAAUAUAUCCAGUCAAAGUACGUGGACAAAGUGCUAGUCGUCAAAGAAGCCACUGAGCCUGGAAAUCCUCCAAUAGCAACCCGCAUUUGGGAAGCAGUUAAGACUAAUAAUUUACAAUCAGUAUAUCGUAUGAUUGUUGUCUCUGAUGUGAAUAUCAAUACAAUCUAUGAUGAGGUGGAUGGUGCUGAUCUUUGUCACCUCAUUAGUAAAGCAGAAUCACAGAAUGAUUGUGAAUCUCUAGAGGAGAUGAGUCGUGAUCCAGCUGUAUGUCAAAGAAUUAAAGAUUCACAUGGACCAGAAAACUGUCUACAGGGCUGUUCACUAUUGCAUUUGGCUUGUCAUGUUGGGAAUCCUGUUAUGCUUGAGUUGUUACUUCAGUUUGGUGCUGACAUAAAUUUGCGGGACUUCCAUGGGAGAACUCCUUUGCACCAUUGCAUUUCUAAAGGAUACAAUUCAAUUGCAAAAUAUAUACUCAGAAGGGGGGCACGGCCAUCAAUUGAAGAUGGUGGUGGACAAAGUGCAUUGGAAAGAGCAAUGGAAAUAGGAGCAAUAACUGAUGAGGAGCUCUUUAUUUUGCUCACUGGUAACGAGUGAAAUGGUCCUAUUCUACCAAAUGUAUGCCCCUGACAAUUUGCCAUGCCCUUUUCUGUUGUACCUUCAAAUCCUUUUUUAUUUGAAUAAUGAUCGACUAAGCUACUUUUUUGUUUUCAACGGGCCCAACGAACCUUGUGUUCUUCCAGUCAUCCAAAAGCUUGACUAGCAAGAUACAGAUUUGUGGCUUAAAGCAGCCCAUCAAUGCCCCUUGUCAAUCGCCUUUAAUUAUUAAUUGCCAUCUGGAAAUUCAAACACAUGAAGCGAGGGACCAGAUGAUAGACUUUUCAUCGACGUUGCUUUUUGAUGUUCUAUUGUUUUCAUUUGUUCAAUAGAUUAGCAUUAUAUCAUACCAUAUUACAAAUCUUGUUACCUUAAAGAUUGUCCUUCUGUAUGGAUAUAAAUAUCAAGCUAGAUUUGGUAUCUGUACAUCAGAAUGUAUGAUCAGUUGAUGUACAUCAUCAAGCAAUCAAUGUUGGAAGAUUCUGGUAAAGCACCCAAUGGACUUGUUUAACAUACUUC